ACCGAAGAAGAAGAUUCAGCGAUGGAAAUAUGGCUUAUCUUUCCAAUAGACAACAAUAAAAGUAACUUUCCUGAAUGCCAAUAACUGUUCUGGUUCAGCCUUCGAAGGGAUUCAUGUCCAGUCUCAAAAACAAUUACUACAGCUGAAUGAGAGCUUUAAAUCUGUUCAUCAAAAGACUUUGUUGAAAUGGAGCAAAGUUUGCCAUCUGCAGAAGCAAUCUCACAGCACUUAGUGAGUGGAUGCUUAAAAAGUGAAAAUGGAUUGCAAACAGACUUCAUUCAGUCAGAAAUAGAAGUUAAAGUGGAACCUGAUCAAUAUGACUCCUCAUUGCUUGAUGUGAAUGAACUAGAAAGAUUUCCGCUUUCUCCUGGACAUGUCAAGGAGGAGAUUUUGGACCAUAGCCUUCAACUCUUACCAGAUGGCCUAAUGCCUCCAGUUGAGAUGGAUGAAGACCUUGAAAUUGCAACAAACUCACACACUUCUCCAGAUAAACCAAACAGAAGAACUGGUUCAUCAAGCAAAAGAAAAAAACAUACAGACAAACAAGGAAAAAGAAAAGCAACUAAUGCAUCAAGCCAUACAAUGAGAUGUCCGACUGAGCAGAUUUUGUCCAUGGUGCACCAAAAGGCUGAGGUUACAGGUUCACUAACAGAAGAAUAUGAAUCCAUUGCUGACCCUGAUUUAGAAUCGGAGAUCUCUGAUAGUGAUGUCCCAGAAAGCAGCAGUGUCCCAGAUGUGGCAGAGGGUCAGAAAACUCUCCUCACAGACUUUGAGUUCUCAUCUGAGGAAUCCUGUGAUGAGGAGGAGAGUGAAAAUCGCUUUAGUCGAUGGAGCAAAGGAGACUCUUAUUGGAGCAAAUAUCCUCCACAAAGUGACACCAGGACUUUCUCAGAGAGCUGUCAAGGACCUGCACUAGGGGCUUUACUGGUGACACCUAAAGAUGCCUGGGAACUUUUCAUAAGCGAUAACAUCAUUGAUGAAAUCGUGCAAUGCACCAACUUUGGUGGACAGAGAGCAGCGUCAACAAAAGGCAAAGUUUGGCAAAAGGUCACUAAAGAAGAGCUAAAUGCCUUUAUUGGUCUAAGCCUUCUCAUCGGUUUGGAGAGAAACGGUGAUGUCCCAGUACGGGAACUGUUUAUGGAUCCGUUACAUAACCCACUGUUUAGAGCUACUAUGUCUGUUGGAAGAUAUGAAGACCUUCACGGAUGCAUGCAGUUUGAUGAUAAGAAAACCAGAGUGCUAAGAGAGGCAUCAGACCACUUGGCAGCCUUCCGAAAUGUGUGGGACAUGUUCCUGAUCAACUGUAGGAAAGGGUUCAUCCCCAAGGAUUGUGUCACUGUGGGUGAGCAGCUCGUGCCAUUCCGGGGAAGAUGCAAGUUUCUGCAACACUGGCCAAGACUCCCCACCAAGUAUGGCAUAAAAAUCUUUUGGAUGUGCGAUGCCGAGGUUCCCUACGCCAUUGAUGCUGUCAUCUACACAGGCAGGCAGCUAGGAGAAGAGACUGAAGAGAACCUUGCAGAGAACACAGUUCUGAGGUUGUCCAGUGGACUUCAGCAAAAAGGUCUCAACAUUACAAUAGAAAGCUACUUAGCCAGUAUCCCCCUGGCAGAGAUUCUUUUUGAGAAAAACUUGACCAUGGUUGGGACCCUUCACCAUAAGAAUCCACAUGUGCCACCGAUUAUGAAGCCAUCCAAGUUACGGGCGCUGCAUACCUCUGAGUUUGGUUUUUGUGGCAAUGUGUCCAUGGUGAGCUAUGUACCAAAAAGAAAAAAGGCUGAGAUUUUUUUAAGUACGUUGCAUACCAGCGAAGCACUGAAUGAAACGGGUGUUAAAAACAAGCCAGAGGUCCUUCAGUAUUACAACCGCACCAAAGGAGGAGUCAACAAUGUUCAGCAAAUGGCCAACAAUUAUGCCUGCAAGCGGCGUACGAAGAGAUGGCCCAUGCUGUUGUGGUAUAACAUGUUGAAUAUUGCCAUUGUAAACUCCUUCUCCAUUUUCAAUGCUCAGCAGCACCCUAGCUUCAUGGGAAGUGGUCAUAACACCCAGCGGAUGUUCAUAAAAGAGCUGGUGAAAGAGCUUGUAGCGCCUCAGAUUCAUAGGCGCAAAGAAAGCCAUGGAUUAUCCAAGAACAUCCUUGAGGCCAUGGGGAGAUGUGGGGUGCCCACAUCGCUGUCAGCUGUCACUUUCACACACGAAAUCCAAGAACAGGGCUGUCAGAAAAGAAGAAGAAAGAGAUGUUAUUACUGUCGAUCUAAAAGAGACAGAAAAGUGAGCAGCCACUGUUGUGAAUGCAGUAAACCUGUCUGCAGAGAUCACAGUCACAUGGUAGUGAUUUGCUACCAGUGCAUGCCUUAGCAGUUUCAAUGUCUUUCUGUAUUGAUAAUGAGUGUAUUUUUGACAAGUUACAUUUCUAAAAGAUUUUUGAAGUGAUUUUGUUUAAAAGAUUCAAUGUGUAUCAUACUGUAAAUAUGGGUUCUUCAAAUAUUUGAGUUAAAGCUGCAGUCCGUAAUAUAAUAAGCAAGCGAGUACAUCAUGAAUCCAUUUUCCAAACCGUGUCUUUGUCUAAUCCUGAAUUACUAGUACACCUAUAAUAAUUGUUGAUAUUCUGACUAUUUUAGACUUGAACGGGUGGUACCACUGUGGAUUAACCCAGUACCUGCGCAAUUCGUCAUAGUCAUAAACAGAGAAGUAGGUUCGGCUACAAUGUUCUUCCGCAAGAUGCUUGCGAUUCUCAACGCCAAAAAUAUGAGUACGACUGUAGCUUCAAUUUUGAAUUAAUAUUUAAUUGCACCAUGUAAAUUUGACAUUCAUCUUUUUAUAUACAAUGUUGAAUUAAUUGAUAUUUAACAGUUUUAUGGAUUAAACUUGAUUGAACAUA